UGGCAACAGAAGAGCUAUCAUAAUCUUAAACUGAAUAAACUUAAAGCACUGAUUACAUGCGAAAAUGUCGCUUAUUCUUCAAGAUUUCAAUACUUUUCGAUUGUGAACUUUCUAAACGUAUUCGGCCUUGUGAAUGGAAUACAUAAUAUCCAUUUGAAGCAAUUUCUCGCCGAACAACUAAAAAUUGUUUGUCAUUCAUCUUGUCUUAUUUCUCUAAUAAUGGCUCUCGAAUCACUUUGUGGAGUGUCAUCCAAUUUUGGUUUUGGACAACGGAAACAAAAUGAAGAAGACAUUGAAAACUUUGUUACAAAAUAUUGCGGAAAUUUAACUUGUCCUACACAGCUUGCAUUACCCCCUUUCAGAGACCCAGGCACAGCUCAGCAAGUUUUUGAAAAAGAUGAACAUGGAAAUCGUGUAGGAAUAGACUUUCACAAAGGAACAACUACAUGUGGCUUUAAAUUUAAAGGAGGUGUUAUAAUUGCUGUUGAUGCAAGAGCAACUACUGGACCAUACAUUUCUUCAACUGCUGUUAAGAAAGUAAUUGAAAUCAAUGAUUACCUAUUGGGUACAAUGGCUGGUGGUGCUGCCGAUUGUGUUUAUUGGGAACGUAUUCUAGCUGAAAGAUGCAGGAUUUAUGAAUUAAGAAAUCGUGAACGUAUAUCAGUUGCAGCUGCAUCAAAACUUUUAGCUAACAUAAUGUUUAACUACAAAGGAAUGGGACUCUCAUUGGGUGUGAUGAUUUGUGGAUGGGACAAAAGAGGACCUGGCUUAUAUUAUGUGGAUAGUGAUGGAAAUCGUUUUCCUGGUAAUGUUUUUGCUGUUGGUUCAGGAGGUACUUAUGCUUACAGUGUUUUAGAUAGUGGAUACAGUUGGGAUUUGGAGGAUAAAGAGGCUCAAGAAUUAGGUCGUAGAGCAAUUUAUCAUGCUACUCAUAGAGAUGCAUACAGUGGUAAUUUGAUUAGAGUUUAUCAUGUUACUGAGACUGGUUGGAAGGCAAUAAGCGUGGAAGAUGCUGCUGAUUUGCAUUAUAAAUAUCAAGAAGAGAAGAUGAUGUAGUUUUAUAUUACAAUAUUUUUGGCGUUUUGUAUUUAAAUAUUAACAUGUAUCAAAAAUAAAUUUGUCCACAUAAUA